AUUUGUAGUGAAUGUGACACAGAGCUGGUAUCAUGCAGAGGAGAACCACAACAUCUCACUGGAAUGGAUGUUCCCCACCAGCACGGACCCCUCCCCCAACUCCUUUUAUAUCACUUGUGAGAUGUUAGCUGAUAAGAUACCCGUAGUCGUGUUUCAUCUAUAUGAAGGUGUCGAGGCCCCAGAGGAUCAGGAUAAACGCUUUGCAGGACGAGUCCAGUGGGACAAAGACGUCCUCAGAGAAGGACGACUCAGACUUCACAUCUCCAGACUCCAGACUAAUGACUCGGGGCUGUACUGGUGUCAGGUGCUCACAAGUUAUGGGGUGAACUUUAAGGAAUGUCACCUCAAUGUCGCUGCAGUGAAGGAUCGACCCGAACCUGAGACAAACGAGUGACACCAGUCUGAGAGGAGAUCCUCGGGGAAGGGAUUGUUCU